AUGUCGAAGUUGUCGUUCCGGGCACGGGCACUGGACGCCACCAAGGCCAUGCCAGUGUACCGGUCAGAGGAUAUCCCGGAUCUUCCGGAUUUCGCGGCGAUAAAUCGCGCGGUGCCUCAGAUGCCCACGGGGAUGGAAAAAGAAGAAGAAUGUGAAACGCAUCUACAGCGAGCCAUGACGGCACAGCAGACGUACGGACACACGGGAGAGUUGGUGAUCCCAACGCCUGUUGUCUACCCGCUAGAUUCAGCCUGUUACGAUAGGCUGUAUCCGUCGACGUUCAAGCUGCCCAAACAACUGAUCUACAUGCAACCGUUGCUGUCGGGGCUCGACGAUGACACACCAGAGUACGACCUCGAUUCGGAGGACGAAAUUUGGCUCAGUCGUCAGAAACUCGGUUUGAGUCAACUGCAGUUUGAGACAAUGAUCGAUCGGCUCGAGAAAGCCUCCAAUCAUCAAAUCAUCCAAAUAAAUGAAGCCAAGCUUCUUCUUAAACAAGAUGACGAUAUUCUCAUAGCGGUCUACGACUAUUGGCUCAACAAAAGAUUGAAACUGAAAUCGAGCACCUUAAUGCCACAAAUAAAAACGGAGAAGAGAGACGGGUCCAACUCUGCGAAUCCGUAUGUAGCCUUCAGACGAAGAACAGAGAAGAUGCAGACGAGGAAGAACCGUAAAAAUGACGAGGCCAGUUACGAGAAGAUGCUCAAGCUAAAACGAGACCUGAAGAAGGCCUUUACUUUGCUUGAGAUGGUGAAGAAACGUGAGAAGCUGAAGCGGGAAGACCUACAUCUCACGGUCGAGGUGUUCGAGAAACGAGUCCAAGCGGGCGAUCUCACCGGAGCCAUCGUAGCUGAAACGCUCCAUCAGCUCACCAGGCAGAAACAACAGCAGCAGCAGCUGGCCAGAGAGUCUCUUUACGGAACGAAGUCACACGAAGGCCUGUCAUCGAGAAAUAAUGGCUACGUUUCGAAUUCGAACUCACAACAAAUCCGUGAACUCAAGGCGAAGCAUCGAAAGAGCACCCAAGGAUCCCGGCUGUCGUCCCACAAACGUCCAAGAGAUCACCGAGAGCUUUCGAGUAAUGGCUCAGUGUUGAAUCAGCGUGAACUCGUCGCCCCAGUCAGUCUCGUUGGUGCCGCCGGAGAUGCCACUCCAAGGCCGGACGUUCUGAUGUCGUCUGAGGAGGACGAAGACGAGGUGAUGUCGUCUGGCACCGAAGACAUGCCUGACGGAGACAUGAGUCAAGAGCCCGAUGGGAUCUUCACCUUCAGACGCAAGCGAAACGUCACGUACCUGCCCCCUCUACCCCUGGACAUGGGGGUCGCCGGCGACAACGACGACGACUCCAACCGUGACCAGUUCCAUGAUGAGGGUGCCCCGCAUCAAAAGUUUCACCUUACGACUGUCCAGUUGGAUUCUGACGAAAGUGAUCUCAGCGGUCUGGAGGAUGUAGAAAUGUCGACGAUUUCGAAUCUUCAAUUCGGCAACGAAGAGCACUUCGCUACUUUACACACCGCUCGCGUGAAAGCGCUCCAGUCCGCUGCCGCGGCUACCUCUGGCGCAGCGGAUCGUCGAAAACGACGACAUGAGAACUACAUAACGUUCUUCGGCAGAAGAAGAUACGGCCGAGGCGGAAGGAUUCUCUUCGAUCGCAUGAAUCCCAACGACAAUGUGUGA